AUGAAGGAAGCAAGCAACACUGAAAGCAGCCAAGAAGAUAUGCACACUGAACCAUCCCCUAAGAGGUCGCAGACGCAAAGAGAUUACCAGAAUCGUAAAAUGUCAGGGGUCCGACAGAGGGAGGAAUCAUCCGGAGAGACAGGGAGUGACUGUGGCGAGAGAAACGAAUCAUCCAAUUUGAUAAACAACUUUCUAGAAGACAUCGACAAAGGAAUCAGGAAUCAACCAUUUCGCUCCCUUCUUCCUCACGAAAAGGGCAAUAGUAAAUCUUCUAAAAAGGAGGAAUCCUCAUGUGAAAGAUUAGGAAUCGCUACUUCCAUAUUAAAGUGUUUCACUCCACUUUUGGGAAUGCUUCUAUACGGGAAAGUAGUAAUGGCUGUAGGUUCUUCGAUGGCUUAUUUGUUUUUUCUCGUUUCGUCCACUAUCUUAAUCAGCUACCUUGGACGUAAGUUACGCAAAAUUAACAAGUCGAUUAAAAACAAAUAUAGAGAUGAAGAUAGAAACAGAGAUGGAGAACGCGCCAGGAGACCACUCCAAAAUGGUGCCGAAGUGAGGCAAUCCAUAAUUAGGGAUUGUGUCCUUGUGAUGCGAACUCGGCAGAAUGAUGGUGUCCCUGAGAUCACACCAAUACGGGGCAGACAAGGGUAUUCAUCCACCGCAGAACAUAAUCAUGGAAGAAUAUACAGAACGUUUCAUGAACAAUGUGUGUAG